ACCGUGUCCGCGUGCGCCGGCCACCACGGCGAACGGCCACCAAACGCACGGGAUCCGGCCAUCACCGAGUCCCGGCCCGGCCACCGGUAACCCACCACCACCAGGCCACCAACCAAACCCACCGACCGCGUCCGCCCCGCUGACGCGCCGGGCCCGGACCCCGUCGCGCCGCGCGCUCGCCCGCCCGCCUACCUGGCAGGCAGCCAAGUCACAUGCCUCGCCUUGCCGGCUCGCCGCCCGGGCAUUAUAUAAGCCGCCCCGGCACGGCACGGCAGGCAAGGUCGGUCAAUCUAGCAACACCCAAGGACAAGGAGUAGCCGACGCGCCAGCUAGUGCCCAGUGCCGCACCCAGAUCUCCGGGAGGGACUUGUUCAGCUACUGCAGCACUGCCCGCAAUGGCCACCACGGCGACCGAGGCGGCCAAGGCCGCGCCGGCGGAGCAGGCCAACGGCAACGCCAACGGCGAGCAGAAGACGCGCCACUCCGAGGUCGGACACAAGAGCCUGCUCAAGAGCGACGACCUCUACCAGUACAUCCUGGACACGAGCGUGUACCCGCGGGAGCCGGAGAGCAUGAAGGAGCUCCGCGAGAUCACCGCCAAGCACCCAUGGAACCUGAUGACGACCUCCGCCGACGAGGGGCAGUUCCUCAACAUGCUCAUCAAGCUCAUCGGCGCCAAGAAGACCAUGGAGAUCGGCGUCUACACCGGCUACUCCCUCCUCGCCACCGCGCUCGCUCUCCCGGAGGACGGCACGGUCGGUUCCUCCCUCCCUCCCUCUCUUUCCCAGAUCUGCCGCCCACCUCCGGUCCGAGGAUUUUUUACCCUUUCUCCUCUGUUGCUCGUCCCGCCGCAGAUCUUGGCCAUGGACAUCAACCGCGAGAACUACGAGCUGGGCCUGCCCUGCAUCGAGAAGGCCGGCGUCGCCCACAAGAUCGACUUCCGCGAGGGCCCCGCGCUCCCCGUCCUCGACGACCUCAUCGCCGACGAGAAGAACCACGGGUCGUUCGACUUCGUCUUCGUGGACGCCGACAAGGACAACUACCUCAACUACCACGACCGGCUGCUCAAGCUGGUGAAGCUGGGGGGCCUCAUCGGCUACGACAACACGCUGUGGAACGGCUCUGUCGUGCUCCCCGACGACGCCCCCAUGCGCAAGUACAUCCGCUUCUACCGCGACUUCGUGCUCGUCCUCAACAAGGCGCUCGCCGCCGACGAGCGCGUCGAGAUCUGCCAGCUCCCCGUCGGCGACGGCGUCACCCUCUGCCGCCGCGUCAAGUGAAAAAAAACAUGCCUGGCCACCGACGGCGCCGCCGCCGCCGCAUCCCCCAUCCCAAUCAUAUCGUAGACGACGCGCAGCAUUAAUUAUUCACCGGCUUUUUUUUUUGGCUCUUUCUUGGCCCUGUAAUCUUUUCUUGUCCUUCUGCUUCUUCUUGGGAAUUGUCGCCAUCUCCAUACGUAAAUCUAAAUCUCGAGAUGGAUAAUACUAGUAUCAAUCAAUUUUACUACUAUAUACUGCUCCUACCGUGGAUGAUUUCGUCC